AUGGCUGAUUUAGCCACCAUCCCCCCAACCGAUCCGGCAUCCAUCUCAAUCCCACCAGAAGUCACGGCGCAAGCAUCACAAGCGGUCCGCCGCUCAGCGAAGCGCACGCGAGAAGUCUUCGCCGCAGACUUCGCGCAACCCUCAGCCCUACAUAAAUCACUGCAACCCGAGGUCGCGCCCUCCGACCCAUCACCCUACGACCGCGCACAGAAAGCGAGCGUCGCAGCACGAAUACGGAACGAAUAUGCCUCCGUACGAGAACUCCCUGCAGCGCUCGCAGCCAAGCAAGCAAAUGCGCAGACAUCCCUCACAGCACGACGAAAGAAGCCGCGAGCAGAAGACCAAGCAAGCGAUCCGCAAAUGGCGAAAAUGAUCGAGGAGGCAGGCGCGCAGCAACCUUCGUCCUUAUCACAGCCCAACGGCACCAGCACAGCCUUAGUCCGAAUACCGGGCACAACCAACUCCACGCUCCCGCCCAACGCCAAUGGGCCGACUCCUCAGCGCAAUACAUCCUCCACAAGCUUAGUCCGACGCGACACUGUCCGCCAACCCAAGCCCACCUGGCACGCCCCCUGGAAACUCUUCCGCGUAAUCUCCGGCCACCUGGGCUGGGUACGCGCCCUCGCCGUCGAACCGGGGAACACCUGGUUCGCCUCUGGCGCCGGAGACCGGACAAUCAAAAUCUGGGACUUGGCCACCGGCACGCUCAAACUAACCCUAACCGGCCACAUCUCCACCGUACGCGGACUGGCAGUGAGUCCGCGACAUCCCUACCUCUUCAGCUGCGCAGAGGAUAAGAUGGUGAAGUGUUGGGAUUUGGAAACGAACAAAGUGAUCCGACAUUACCACGGACAUUUGUCGGGAGUCUAUACGCUUGCUCUCCACCCCACCCUUGACGUCCUAUGCACAGGCGGUCGCGACGGCGUCGUCCGAGUCUGGGACAUGCGUACACGAAGUAACAUCCACGUCCUCUCCGGCCACAAAGCAACAGUCUCAUCCAUAGCCACCCAAGCCACCGACCCGCAAGUCAUGUCCUCCUCUCUAGACAGUACAAUCCGACUCUACGACCUAGCAGCCGGAAAGACAAUGUCCGUACUCACGCACCACAAAAAGGGCGUUCGUUCCCUAGUAACCCAUCCAACGGAGUACACCUUCGCCUCGGCCUCGCCGGGACAGAUAAAACAAUGGCUCUGCCCCAAAGGCGACUUCAUGCAGAACUUCACCGGCCACAACUCCGUCAUCAACAGCUUAGCCGUGAACGAAGAAGACGUCCUCUUCUCCGGCGGCGACAACGGGUCUGUAGCGUUCUGGGACUGGAAGACGGGACAUCGCUUCCAGUACGAAGACUCGCUCGCUCAGCCUGGCUCUCUUGACGCGGAAGCCGGCAUUAUGAGUAGUACCUUUGAUAAGAGUGGACUGAGGUUGAUGACGGGGGAGGCGGACAAGACGAUCAAAGUGUGGAAGCAGGAUGAGGAUGCUACGCCGGAAAGCCAUCCGCUGCAGUGGGCGCCGACGAUGGGACGGCAGAAGUUCUAA